GAUCAACUGCAGUUUAACAAUAUAUAAUACCCAUAAAGAGAAAGAGAGGUGGACAGUUAACUAUGCUGUUAUUAUACAAAUGGAAACAAAUAACAUCAACAUACUUCAAAAUGUCCAAACUGUGACUACAUACAGUUAAGAGAAAUUAUGUGUACUGAUCAAAAUGUAAAAUUCAUAUUUAAUCAUGAGUUAUACUGUCUUUACAAUGUGUUUUUAUAGAUAUCACAAGUUAUAUAUACCUAAGAUUUUAUAAGCAAGCACAAUUCCUCUCAUAAAGCAAGAAAAAAUCACAAUAAAUAAUGAAAUGUAAAAAUGAAACUUGAGGGAUGCCAGCAAGCACCUACCCAUUGUAAAGCUGACACAGAACAUAGGGAAGUCAACACUUACUUGCUUACCCUAAUUGUGUUAAAAUUCCCCAUGUUUUUGCCAUAAUCUCAACAAAUUGCAUAUGUGCAGGCUGUGCCCCUUUAUUUGUUUUAAGACUUACAUUUACUUAUUCUUCACACAUACAUACCCAUAAUUGUCAUCAUUAUGUACCCAGUGUUCAUUAAAGAAGCAGGUGGAGCAGAGGCAUGAUUCAACUGUCCAGUAACAGUAUGUAGUGUUGCUCAAGUCUUACAUCUUCUUUUAUCACCAGCUCUCUAGCUCUACCUCUUUAUCUUCAAUUUUCUCAUUCUACAUUCUUCUUUCAGUAAUCUUCAUCUUAUUCAGUCUCUACUGUCUGUUUCUUCUUAACCUGUAUUAAGCUGUUAGGAAAGAAAAACUGAACCCUGGAAAUAAUAAUGAGUGGUAACAUUUGCAGCGAUCUUGGUCAGCCAUGACCACUGCAGCUGUUACGCACCUCCCAAUGUUACGGAAGUGCUUGCGCGAUGAAUGAUGCCAGUCUGGAUGAUGUGCAGCAUCAUCUUCCACGGUGCUCUGAUGCUGAACCUAACUGUGGGAUUGAGGGGCUGCAAGGACAUUGGAUUAAGGACACUUUCAACCCCCAGACUUACCUUGAAUCAUGACGUUUGAUGCUGCAGGAUAUUGCAGCCCUACUUCCACUUUACCUGAGAUCCCAAAAUGUAGCUGCUGGAGUGUUUCAACAGUACGGGGAUGGUCAUUAUCAUGCAGCAACACAACACAUUUUGACAGCUAUCCUCAACAUUUACUCUGAACUGCCAGCUUCAGCUUGUAACUCAGCAUCUCAAGGUCAUAUUGCCUUGCUGUCAGGCCUGAAUGAGAUGAUGUGCCAGCAUACCAUGCAAUUACUGCUGUACUUAAAUGUGACAAUCCAAUGUGUCUGUUUCAGAGCUAUAAAAUGUACUGAACUGAACUGAAAGAUAGCGGAUGCUGCGACAACACAAGCCUCGCUGCUGCUUUCGCUACAUGGACGACACCUUCGUCAUCUGGCCACAUAGGCCCAACAAGCUUAAGGACUUCCUGAACCACCUAAACAGUAUCCACCAGUGCAUUCAGUUCACAAUGAAGACUGAAACUGAGGGCCACCACCCUUCCUGGAUAUAGAUAUUUGCAGGAGACCCGAUGGUUCUCUGGGCCAUACAGUGUACCACAAAUCCACCCAUACAAUCCUCUACCUUAAUGCUGUGUUCCACCACCACCCUUCCAACAAGCAAGCUGCACUUUCCACAUUGGUGCACAGGGUUAGAGCUCUUUGUGAUCAAGACAGCCUACAUGCGGAGUUGGUGCUCCUGGGCGAUGUAUUCAGAAAGAAUGGAUAUAACAACUGGCAGAUACACAGAGUUCUCAACCGUUGGCCCAACAUCAGCUGGCCUGAAGAUCAACCGGGCGCAGUUGCCUUCCUGCCCGAGACUAUAUUCAACCGUAUCAGCAGAGUGCUGUCCCGGCACAACAUCAAAUCAUUGGGUCUGCCUCCAAACAAAUU